GUACAUAUAUUCACAAAUACGUCUCUUUUAUUACGGCAUUCGAAAUAAAAGUAUAAUUGCAACAACUCUUGUUACAACAGAUUCUACCAAUAUGUUGCAUGGUAAAGGUCGAUCAAGAGGUUGUACAAUUUGCCUGACAAGCACAGCGUUUGUAUUUUUCUUCACUUUUUAUGCCUUGUAUCGCUACACCCUCAUAAACGUCGAUGACGUCAUGUUAAAAAACAUUGACUUCGAUUAUGACGAUUACGGCAUUGACGUCAGCGGGCUACGGAAUUUUGAUGACGUCACGAGGGAAAAAGAGUCCGAGAUCGAAAAAUGGGACCGAGAGAUGAAAAAAGAAAAGGGCAUUCGGAUGGGAUACGUCACAGAUAACUGUGAUAUCCCGACUCGAGUAUUCGGAAUUAUUUACCUGACAAAGAACAAUCGAGGUGGUUUGAAAGUUGUGGUUCAAGUUAAUUAUACAGCAGAACGACAAAUCAACAAGGGUGAGGGAGAAGCUGUUAUAAUGGCAAUGUUCGGUCGUGCAAAAGCUUUGAAUCAAACUUUAGAACUUUGUUCAGUAGACGAAGAACUUACCGACUGCCCGAUAAAGAAAGGGUUUCGCCAUUAUAAACGUGAAGUAAUUCUGCCCAAAUUUGCACCAAAGGGCCGUUACCACGGUACAGUCUCGUUACGUUACUCGGAUACCAAAGAAACAAAGCUUUGCGCGAAAGGUAGAAUGAUUAUUUAACAUCCGUCAGUGGGCGCUACAGAUGCACAAAAACUGCUGGACGGUUGCGGUGGUACAAUUUUGACACUAGGCAAUAUAUUAACGAGGCAUUCACUACUACACGAAUGCUGAACAGUUUUAACGCUAAACUAUAAAAGCAUAAUUUAAAAAAGACACUAAUAAAUUUCAUAAUGAAAAUAAAUAAAGUGCAUGUUAUCGUGCAACUAUAUUGUUACAAUGCUGUACUGUGUACAAUUUAAUAUUGCGAUACCAAGUUAAACUGUUAUAUUAUUAAUUUCGAUUUUAAGUCACCGCAUUUUACCAGUUAUGGACGGUGCCAAACGGGUAAGAUUUUACCAAUUUAGGCAUUGCAUGAAAUGACCGGCUUAUGAAAAUGUAUAACAAAAUACCCGAGAUAUUUUAAACGUUUUAAGAAAUACAUUUAACAAACAUUACAA